UCGAGAAAUGCACAAAAACUCACGCGGCACACUCCUUCCCCACUCUUUUUCUCCCCGAUUAUAUUAACACACCGAAAUAGAGUUUAAUUCCGAUUCCAAAAUUGAACUUUCUUUUUCAAAUUCCAAGCUCCCAAUUAGGGUUCUUCAUUUCUCAAAGGUUUAACGUGGUUAAUUUUUAAGAUACUUUGUGGUGGACAAAAAGUUGAUAGAAAGCUAUGUUACUAAACCUAAGCAUUAUCUAAUAAGAAUGCCGGGCAUUCCUUUAGUGGCUCGUGAAACCUCCUCUUAUUCUAGAAGCACAGACCAGAUGUGCCGAGAAGAUUCCCGCCUGCAUUUAUCUGCAGAAGAGGAAAUUGCUGCUGAAGAGAGUUUAUCUAUUUAUUGCAAGCCUGUAGAACUCUAUAACAUUCUUCAAAGGCGUGCUGUAAGAAAUCCUUUGUUUCUUCAAAGAUGUUUGCGAUACAAAAUUCAGGCAAAACACAAAAUGAGAAUACAAAUGUCAGUGUCCAUAUCAAGGAUUGUGAAUGAGGGUGUACUGACUCAAAGUCUUUUCCCGUUAUACAUCUUGUUGGCAAGAGUAGUUUCUGAUGUCGCGGUUGCAGAGUAUUCUGCAGUUUAUCGUUUUCGUCGGGCAUGUAUCUUGACUAGCUUCACUGGCAUUGAGGGCAGUGAUCAAGCUCAAGCAAAUUUUGUUCUCCCUGAGAUUAAUAAGUUAGCUAUGGAAGCCAAAUCUGGUUCUCUUGCAAUUUUGCUUGUCAGCUUUGCCAAUGGAGGUUGCUGCCUAUGGGGUAGGAUACCAUUAGAAUCACUAUAUUUGUCAUGGGAAAAAGCCCCAAACUUGAGUUUAGGACAAAGAGCUGAGAUGAUAUUUCCUGUUGACAUGCAUUCUUGCCUAUUGAAGUUGACUUCUUUGAAUGAGGACAAAUGCAUCUUAAUCCAAAAUUCCAGCAAUUCUUUGUUAAUGAACGAAUCACUGCAGCUGCAGGUCAUCAUUUCUGCUGAAGAAGUUGGGGCAAAGGAAAAUUCUCCCUAUAAUUCAUACACAUGCAGUGGCGUUUCUUCUUCAUCAUCACUGUCUCAUAUUAUUCGGUUGAGAGCAGGAAAUGUCAUCUUUAACUAUAGAUAUUACAACAAUAAGUUACAGAGAACUGAAGUAACUGAAGAUUUCUCUUGUCCUUUCUGCUUGGUAAAGUGUGCAAGCUUUAAGGGUCUGAGGCAUCACUUGCCAGCAUCCCAUGAUCUCUUCAAUUUUGAGUUUUGGGUAACUGAAGAGUAUCAAGCUGUUAAUGUUUCUGUCAAAACCGAUAGCUGGAGAUCUGAGAUUGUUGCAGAUGGUGUUGAUCCUAAACAGCAGACUUUUUUCUUUUGCUCAAAGCAACUGAGGCGUAGACGACCGAAGAACCUAGAUCAAAAUGCAAGGCGUCUGCACCCUGUUUUCAUGGAGUCAAAGUUGCCAGCAGGAGGUUGUGAGCUUCUUGACAAGGCUCAUGGUGGAACCAUUUUACGAAAUGCUACAAUUGGUGCUUUGGAGUAUGCACAACAUGUUCCAUCCAGUUUCAAUGUUCCAGGGGUUUCAGGUGCUGCUGGACAAUUGUAUUCUGAUUCUGAACAUGUUCAAUCAGUGUCUGGAAACAAUCUUGCGCCCCCUGCCCUGUUGCAAUUUGCAAAGACAAGAAAAAUAUCGAUGGAACGUUCUGAUCCAAGGAACCGUACUCUGCUUCAGAAGCGACAGUUUUUUCACUCACAUAGAGCACAGCCAAUGGCAAUGGAUCAAGUAGUGUCUGACAGAGACAGUGAGGAUGAAGUUGAUGAUGAUGUUGCAGAUUUUGAAGAUCGAAGGAUGCUUGAUGAUUUUGUAGAUGUAACCAAAGAUGAGAAGCAAAUAAUGCAUUUGUGGAACUCGUUUGUGAGGAAGCAAAGGGUGUUGGCAGAUGGUCAUAUUCCAUGGGCAUGUGAAGCGUUUUCAAAUUUACAUGGGCGCAACCUUGUCAAAGCUCCAGCACUCAUCUGGUGUUGGAGAUUAUUCAUGAUCAAGUUGUGGAAUCACGGCAUCCUCGAUGCACGAACAAUGAAUAAUUGUAAUAUUAUUCUGGAACAAUACGAAAAGCAGGAUUUGCAUCCUAUAAAAGGCUAAAAAUAUGGUAAGUUUUGCUUCCUAUUUUUUUUGGUAAAAAGACAGGCAGUUGGUAAACAACCAUGACCCAGAACUGCUGUUCAACAGUCACUUCCAGUCUCACCACCAAUUUGCACUAGGGUCAGUGACCCUCCGUAAGCUCUUACUUCCCACGAACCCCUACUGUUGUGUAGCUUUACGAUCGACUGGUAUAAUUCAUACAUUUUAUUUGUAUUUUUAACUCUUUACAGAAAUCAUUUUUUCUCCCA